AUCUCCUAGCCAUACACGGGCACACCUCGCUCGUCACCAAAGCGCAUGCUCCUCUCCAGGACAGAGCGGCAAAGGAAAGGAGGAUAAAAAGGAGAGCUGUAUGGGACAAAAGAAGAAGGCCUAGAAAAGCACAGCGAGCAGGCAGCUCGAGGCAGCACCCGCGCUGGUAGUACAAAAGCCAAGGUACAAUUUCGCAAGCUCGAGCUAGCCGCUUCCACUAGGCCAUUUCCCACCUAGGUUCUGGAGCUCUUGGGCUAAGGUGGUAGCUAUUAUUUGGACUCUUGGAGCCUUUGAAUCAGCUCGCCUAGAACAAGUCCUAUGGAAGACUCCAAAACAAGAGAAACCCUUCCUCGGCUGCUAGAUCUUAUCCCUGAUGAGAAAGAAUGGAAAGAGAGGGAAGCACAAGGCCCAGGGAGAUCAAGAAACACAGGCUUUGGGGAUGAUGAGGACAAGAAUCUAGAGCUAAAACUCGGCCUUCCAGGUCUCAUAGAAGAAAAGAUAACAGCAGUGCCAAGAGAUAAAGGGAUACUGCAAGAGAGCCCGGUUCUCUCUCUUGGUUACUUCCCUAAUCCCUCCAAGUCUACGAUCAACACUACGACAACUGGGACAAAGAGAGGAUUCUUAGACACUGUUGAGGCCAAAGCAGAAGGUUGUAACGAGCAGAAGCAGCAGGUUAGAGCGGGAUGUGCGAACGAACUAGCACUGGAGGAAAAGAUAGCAGCCGCAGGUGAGAGAAAGAAAGGAUGCUGUCCACCACCACCAUCGCAUGCCCCUCCUGCUGCAUCUGUGCGCAACAGCGGCAACAGAACACAGGCCCAGGGAAGAGGGGCUUCAGCUCCGGUGGUAGGCUGGCCUCCAAUCCGAUCCUUCAGGAGAAACCUUGCUAAUAGCAGUUCAUCCAAACAAACCCCUGAACCGCCAAAUGGUGAAACGAGCGUGAAGACAAAACUCACCAGCAAGAAGAAUCCUCUCGUAAAAAUCAACAUGGAUGGGAUCCCCAUUGGAAGGAAAGUAGACCUUGCAGCCUAUGACAGUUACGAGAAGCUAUCAGUAGCUGUCAAAGAGCUUUUCCAUGGUUUUCUUGAAGCUCAAAAGGAUAUAUCUGGUGCUGAAAGUGCAUGGCAUGGAGCAGAUGAAAAAAUAUUUUCUCAAUUAUUGGAUGGAUCUGGUGAAUAUACUCUAGCUUACGAAGACAAUGAAGGAGACAUGAUGCUGGUUAGGGACGUGCCAUGGAACGCAUUCAUCUCAACUGCUAAAAGGUUGAGGGUUCUGAGGAGCUCAGAACUUUCCCAUGGCCUGCUACAAGUUCAAUUACCCAAAGCUGAGACUGAGGCUGUGAUGCAUUUUGCUUGUUCCAGAUUGGAGCUGCCCUUAGAAGAGUAGCAAAUUGCUGAGAUUGUGACAGAUCUUCAAUCAAUUAGAAUGAGUUAAAACUAAAGCUGGUUCAUUCGCCUUUCGGGAUGACACCUGUUUUUUUGCCUGUAGAGAUUAAUCUAAUGAGAUGAACUAGCAUAUUUCGGAUGCGUGGAAAUACGCAGGCUAUUUUGUAAAUUAGGCUACCAUGUACUUUAAUGCCGUAGGUAAGGUGGUAAGAGCAAUUCUAAGUGGUUUGAGCAUUGGGCUUUUGGGAGAGAGUCGCAUAUGUAGACUCAAGACUCACCCCUGUAAAAUUCCUUGCUGUGUGAUAAACUAGUAUUCAGCCCCGCUGUGACCCGAAA